AUGACCUUGGGACAGCCAGGAAGAGCUGGAACAGGGUUUAGUCACAGGCUCCUCACCCUCUGCCGAUGGGCAGCCCUUCUGCUCUGCAGGACAGGGAGGAAGUUCAGGUUGUGGGGAGCACUGGACCUCCAGAAGCCUGUAGGGGGAGGACAGAGGACAGUGACGUCACAGUAUUCCCCUCCCAACAGGAAAAUCAAGGCCCAGAACUCACUUGGCCCUUCCCCAGAGGACCAAGCCCUGAAUCAGGUGCAGUGCUACCUGCCUCACUGUGCCAUGAACCCUGGGCUCCUAUGCUGGACACUGCUUUGUCUCCUGGGAGCAGUCCCAGUGCAGGCUGAAGUCACCCAAAGUCCCACACACCUGAUCAAAACAAGAGGACAGCAAGUGACUCUGAGAUGCUCUCCUAUCUCUGGGCACACCAGUGUGUCCUGGUACCAACAGGCCCCAGGGUUCCAAUUCUCCGACUAUCACUCUGAGAUGAACAUAAGCACCUUGGAGCUGGGGGACUCAGCCCUGUAUCUCUGUGCCAGCAGCUUGGCACAGCCCUGCAGAGUCACUGCAACUCUGUGCACCAACCUCUCUGCUUCAGUAUAUGGCAAUCUCAGAUCAGACAGCUGUGAGAACCUGGGGCCUUCAGGGGCAAAGAAAAACAAUUUCAGGACUCUGAACAAGUCUGGGGAAAGCAAGGCCAGGAGGAUCUGCUCAGAGGAUGCUGCUGCUUCGGGAGGUUCAUGGCAAAUUACCUUCUUUGCUGGAAGCUGCACACUACAGUCAUAG